AUGAUCGGGUACUUACUAUUGAUACACUGUGCUUAUUCGUCCUAUGAAUAUAAUAAAUUGAAUGUUUCAUAUACCUCGGAUUUAAUACUAGAAUUGGUGGUGUCGCUUGUUCUCAUUUUCCUUCAAGCUACCAAUUCAAUCAAGAAUAAAGGAUCUUUAAAUUUGGACAAUUCAUUGAUCAAAUUCGAUAAAUACUUAAAGAAGAUCAAAAUAGAUCAAUCUUUACAAGAAUUCAAUGCUUUGGGCUUUAAUAACUACAAUUUUGCUUAUAGAAAAGAGUACAUUGAUAUUGUUAAGAUGAGAAGGGAAUAUAAUGAGUUUAUGAAGGAUAAUUAA